UAGAAGAAUAUCUGGCGCACUUUCAUGAACGUGCAGUUGUUGAUACGCUUCUGAAAUUAUCGUGUAUUUAAUAGUAUUUGAUUUAUUUAUGUUAUACACUUUUUAUAUUAAAAAUAAUGUAAAAUGUAUUCCUAUUUUGUAAUUGAUUAAAAUGUUGAAACAAAGAUUAUAAGAUGUAUGGGAUGCGUACGUCACAUUUAAAAAUUAACGUUUUCUUUUUAAUUGUAUUUGUUUACUAGAUUAUAAAUGAUUUGAAGUGUUUUCAAUAAAAGUAUUUUCUUUUCAAUAUAUCACUGAUCCUCUCCGAUUAUGAAUCCUGAUAUUCAACAAAAGAUCCUAAAGUUUGAAACAUUUGUCAAUGAUGUACUGAAAGAAGAUCUUGCUAAAAUUGAGAAAAAGCUUGACUUUAAAAAUGCAGAGGUUACUGAGUUUCUUCAGUUGAAAUCUAUAAUUACUGCUAUUCAGAGUAAUGGCUUCGAUGAGAGUGGUUUUAAAACCCAAGUAAAUGUUGGACAAAAUUUUUUUAUUGAAGCACAUGUUCCUGAUGCAUCUAUGAUCCUCUUGGAUGUUGGUUUAGGGAACUUUGUAGAAUUUACUUUACAAGAUGCGUUAGCAGUUAUCAAUGUGCGAAUCAAAUUAUUGCAACAGCAGAUUGCACAUUUUCGAAAAGAGGCUGCCAAAACGCAAGCCCACAUAAAGUUAAUUCUUCUUGGAAUAAGAGAAUUACAAGGUUUCAAAGACUAGUUGUAUGUUGAUAAUAUCAUACGUGUAAUGUACAUAUGACUCAUCUAAUUAGUUUUCUGUUUAUGUAAAUAUAUGAGCAGUUUCUAUUUGACCUUAACUUUUUAUUUAUUAAAUGUAAUAAUUUAAAUGUUCUACCUCUGUUAACAAUGUAUUAACGGUAUACCGCGUGUUUGCGCAAUCGCAUAUGAUGGAAG